UGAAUCCGAACCCUAAGUAAAAACAUCGCUCCCACUCCCCUUCGCCAUUUCCAAAACCCCCGCCAAAACGAUCCCCCCGGCAAAACCGCUGCCGCCCUCCUCCGCGGCGAUUCCUUCGCCGGAGAAGCGACAAGACCCCCCCCCCCCCCCCCACCAACCUCGUUCGACGGAAGAGGAGGCGAAAUCGGAAGGAACAGCUGAAGUUCCAUCCGUCUUGUACGAAUUUUCUUCCUCCUGUUCUUCCGGUUGAUGGCGUCAUCGGCGGUCGAUCAGGAUCAGCAGUGGCUGCUGAGCUGCUUGUCCGCAACUCUCGACCCCAACCACGACGUCCGCGCCUUCGCCGAGGCCUCGCUUCAGCAAGCGUCCUUGCAAUCUGGUUUUGGAAGUGCAUUAUCAAAAGUCGCAGCCAACCGGGAGCUCCCGUUUGGAUUGCGCCAGCUAGCUGCUGUCCUGCUGAAGCAGUUCAUCAAGAAACACUGGCAAGAAGGUGAGGAUUCUUUUGAGCAUCCUGCGGUUUCAAGUGACGAAAAGGUAGUUAUACGCAAAUAUCUUCUGAUGACGCUGGAUGACUCUCACAGAAAAAUUUGCACGGCAGUUAGUAUGGCAGUUGCAUCCAUCGCAGUUUAUGAUUGGCCAGAGGAUUGGCCUGAGUUAUUGCCUAACCUUCUGAAGCUGAUUAAUGAUCAAACUAACAUGAAACGAGUGCAAGGGGCUCUCAAAUGCCUGUCGCUUCUGUCUGGAGAUCUUGAUGAUACAAUGGUGCCCACAUUAGUUCCUAUCUUGUUCCCUACUUUGCAUAAGAUUGUAUCUUCAGCUCAGAUUUAUGACAAACAUUUGCGUGCAAAGGCCCUUUCCAUAGUUUAUUCUUGUGUCUCUGUGCUGGGGGCUAUGAGUGGUGUUUAUAAGAGUGAGACCAAUGAGAUGGUAAAUUCUUUUCUCAAACCAUGGAUGGAUGAGUUUAAUAUUAUCUUAAGAGAGCCAGUGCCAUCAGAAGAUCCUGAUGAUUGGAGCAUUAGAAUGGAGGUUCUUAAGUGCUUAAAACAGCUAAUUCAGAAUUUUUCCAGCAUUGGUGUAGGUGAAUUUGUGGUUAUCAUGGGACCGUUGUGGCAAACAUUUGUAUCCACUCUUAUGGUGUAUUCGCAAUCAUCAAUUGAAGGUCAAGAAGAUCCUUAUGAGGGAAGAUAUGACUCGGAUGGUGCAGAAAAGAGCCUUGAUUCCUUUAUCAUUCAGUUGUUUGAAUUUCUAUUGACUAUUGUGGGCAGCAGGAAGUUUGUUAAGGUUAUGAUGAAUAAUAUCAACGAGUUGGUAUAUUACACUCUGGCUUUCCUGCAAAUGACAGAACAACAGGUCCAUACUUGGUCCGAGGAUGCCAAUGAAUUCGUGGCUAAUGAGGACGAUCUUACUUAUAGCUGUCGUGUUUCUGGUGCACUUUUGCUAGAAGAGGUGGUUAGUUCCUGUGGCAGAGAAGGUGUUGAUGCCAUUAUUGAGGCUGCAAAAAGACGAUUUGCUGAGUCUGUACAUGACAAAAGUGCUGGUUCUACUGAUUGGUGGAGAAUGAGGGAGGCCAUUCUUUUUGCCUUGGCGUCACUGUCUGACCAAUUGCUUGAAGCUGAGGUUUCUGGAUUGGCAAGUGGCAACAUAGGAAGCUUGAUUGAGCAGAUGAUCUCUGAGGACAUCGGGGCUGGGGUACAUGAAUAUCCAUUUCUAUAUGCACGUAUUUUUGUGUCAGUUGCUAAGUUCUCCUCUGUGAUCAGUCGUGGAGUUCUUGAUAAUUUUCUGUAUGCAGCUAUUACAACAGUUAGCAUGGAUGUGCCCCCACCUGUCAAAGUAGGUGCGUGCCAUGCCCUUUCUCUACUCCUUACCAAGGCAAAUGAAGGAAAUGUUCUCCCUCACGUAAUAGGAUUGCUUUCAUCACUUACAAAUCUCCUUAGUCAAGCGUCUGAUGAGACAUUGCACUUGGUUCUUGAAACAAUCAGAGCAGCAAUUAUGGCAGGCUGCGAAGCUAUAGCAGCUGUGGAGCCUAAUGUUUCUCCCAUCCUCUUGAACACUUGGGCAUCUCACAUCUCAGAUCCAUUUGUCAGUGGCGAGGCACUUGAGGUUUUGGAGGCAAUAAAAAAUUCUCCCGGUUGCGUCCACCCACUGAUUUCCCGGGUUCUACCUUUUGUAGGUCCAGUCCUAAAUAAGCCCCAACAACAACCUGAUGGUUUAGUUGCUGGAUCCUUGGAUCUGUUGACCAUGCUACUAAAGAAUUCUCCUAUUGAUGCAGUGAAAUUGAUAUACGACGCAUGUUUUGAUGCUGUCAUUCAUAUAACACUUCAAAGUGAAGACCAUGGUGAAAUGCAGAACGCAACGGACUGCCUGGCUGCUUUUGUCUCGGGGGGAAGACAGGAUGUGCUUGCUUGGGGUGGUGAUUCUGGGUUCACAAUGAGAUCUUUGCUAGAUGUAGCUUCGAGGCUUCUGGAUCCUGCGUUGGAAAGCUCUGGGUCUCUUUUUGUUGGGAACUAUAUUCUGCCACUUAUUUUGCACUUGCCACAGCAAAUGGCACCACAUAUCUGGGACAUGGCAGCUGCUCUGGUCAGACGCAUGCAGUCUGCUGAAAUAGCUGGGUUGAGAACUUCCUUGAUACUGAUAUUUGCUAGAUUGGUUCACAUAAGUGUUCCCAAUGUGCAACAAUUUAUUGACAUGCUGACGAGAGUGCCUGCUGAAGGUUAUGAUAAUGCCUUCACAUAUGUGAUGUCUGAAUGGACAAAGCUGCAAGGGGAGAUUCAGGGAUCAUACCAAAUCAAAGUGACGACCACUGCUUUGGCUCUUUUACUUUCCACAAUGCAUGAUGAAUUGGGGAAAAUUAAUGUCCAAGGUCACUUAAUUCAGUCUGCCACAGGGAUAACCACUCGCUCAAAGGCUAAGUCAGCUCCAGACCAGUGGACUUUGAUGCCACUUCCUGCGAAAAUACUGGCUUUGCUUGCUGAUGCUUUGAUUGAAAUUCAAGAACAAGCUCCGGUUGGUGAUGAAGAGGAUGAUUCGGAGUGGGAAGAAGUGGAACCAGUGGAUGGUGACAAAGACAUUUUACGCGCAGCUGCUGCUGUAUCAUCCGACAGACCAGGAUAUGCACAGUUUGAGGCGAUGGCCAGAGUAUUAGACGAGGAAGAUGGUGAUGACGACGACCUUUCAAGUAUUGAUGACCCUAUAAACGAGGUUAAUCUGGCCAACUACCUGGUGGACUUUCUCUUGAAGUUCUGCGCGAGCAACAGAAAUCUGUUCGAUCAUCUCUGCCAGAAUCUAACGCAGUCUCAACGCGCUGCUAUUCAAGCAGUACUUGGUCGCUGAGAAGUUUCUGUUUCAGAGAAUUCUACAUUGUUCCUGUCUUUCCUAGUUAAGCUUUCUAGUGGUUGGUAUUGAGCAUUCUUUGACUAACCUGAGUGGAAAUUUUUGACAGUUGAGGUUGUAAAGUCGAAGUUUUUGUCUUUUGUAAAGACGAUGUCCCUUGUUAAGGAAUGAUACCAUCUGCCCAAGAAUGAGGGGGGAAAGUUCAACUUCCAA